AUGGCUUUUUGGCUGCUGCUGGCAACACUGAUGCUGGUCUGCUCAGGUAGCUUCAGCAACGCAAGUGAAGAUACUUCAGGAAGGCCCAGAAUCACGCACUGCCGAUCGCCACAGCUUGAGACAUUCACAUGUUACUGGACUUAUGGAGAUUUUCGAAACUUGUCCACCUCGAUAAAGUUCCAAUUCACCAAACAAAUAGGCCUGAAUUGGACUGAUUGCCCAGACACAGUGUCUGCAGGUGAAAAUGGAUGUUAUUUCAGUAAGAACUACACAUCAAUUUGGGUGCCUUAUCAUGUCCGCCUUGUCAGUGACGAUGUCACUUAUCAUGAAUACACCUUCACCAUUGAUGAAAUUGUGCGUCCAGACCCUCCCAUGGCUUUGAACUGGACAUCUCUCAACAUCAGUGAAACCCGUUUGCACAUGGACAUUGAACUUAACUGGCUUCCACCAGCCACAGCUGAUGUUAAAAGUGGAUGGAUCACACUGGAAUACGAAGUGCAGAUAAAAAUGGCCAAUGCAACAAAAUGGAAGACGUAUGAUACUGUGAAAACCACAUAUUUAUCGAUCUAUGGACUAAAGACGGGGAAUGAGUACUGGGUGAAGAUUCGCUGCAAACAGAAAGGAAGUUAUGCGUUCUCAGAAUUCAGUGAAUUACUUCAUAUUAAUAUGUCUUAUAAUGUUUUUGUUUUAGUUUCAGAUUCUCCAUGGCCGCUGUUUGUGAUCAUUGCAAUAUUUGCUGUAGUGGUGGGGCUGUCAUUUUUCAUAUUCUGCAAAAAGAAAAGGUUAAAGAUGUUGAUACUUCCCCCAGUGCCAGUUCCAAAGAUUAAAGGGAUUGACCCUGCCCUGUUACAAAAGGGAAAACUGGAUGAAGUUAGCUCAAUACUUGCUAGCCAUGACAGUUAUAAGCUGUGCAUCGAUGACCCUUGGGUUGAGUUCAUUGAGCUCGACCUUGACGAGCAGGAUGAGAAGAAUGAAGGAACGGACACUGACCGUCUCUUGGGAGAAGAAUACCCCAAGACGCAUAGCUGCUUGGAUGUCAAAGAUGAUGAUUCUGGCCGAGCCAGUUGUUGUGAACCUGAUAUUCCCGAAACCGACUUCGGCAACAAUGAAACAUGCGAUGGAACCUCGGAUAUUGGACAACCUCACAACACAAAGGACAACCAAGCCGAUCUCCUGUGCCUUAGUGAGAAACCCAAUAGUGGAGGAGUGACCACAAAUUCUCAGAUGCCAAAUGUAGAAAAAACAAGCACAAAGCCAGAAGAUGUUAAACUAACUCCGGUAGUCGCUAACGGAACAACAAAUGUGCCUACUUCAACCCAGCUAAGAGGUUCAAAAACGGGCAUGGAUUUCUAUGCUCUUGUAAGCGAUAUCACACCAGCAGGACGACUUCUGCUCUCACCAGGGCAAAGAAUGAAGAUAGAAAAUGAAGAAUGCAGUGAACCAGCAGCCACCCAACGUCCCACAACCUUCAACAUGGACAAUGCUUAUAUCUGUGAGUCGGCGGUGACAGCAUUCUGUCCUGUGAAUUUUCCAAGAGAGAACACCCCACAAAGCCCCAGCAUGGAUAGCUAUUUCACCCCAGAAAGCCUUACAGCUGCUGCCAUGAGCUUACGUGCCUCUGAAAAAGAUUCAAGCUAUGAGGCCCCAGUGGCGGACUAUACCUCCGUUCACAUAACAAACUCACCACAAAACCUUGUGCUUAACACUACUGUUCCACCAGGCAAAGAAUUUAUCCCACCCUGUGGCUACAUGUCCACAGAUCAAGUGAACAAAGUAAUGCCAUGA